UUGGGUUACCGGUGAAGAUACUUCAUUUCUAACUUGAGCUAAGAUUUUUUUAAAUAAAUUUGGGCUUGGUCAAAUAGUUUUUAGCUAAUGCGUUAGCCUCCUAAGCUAACUUCAAGUCAGUAGCCCUUGUUAUGGAGCGAGAACAAACGGACCUCCUGCGUCAUAGCCCGCGUUUCUGGCUUUAUAAUCACCAGACCGUUAACUGUGAUCAGAGUGCCACUAACCAUCUCCUUAAAUAGCUUUAUGGCAAAAAGGUAUUCAUGAUUAACCUUUUACAGGUCGAUUAUUUUUAAACAGAAGGCCAUGCCACGUGCAUAGACACUCAUUAGUUUCCAUGGAGCUUAGAAAUGUUUUCUUUCGAAACUCUUUUUAAUUUGAUAUUUUUCUAAAAGCAAAAAGGUCGUCCUGUAGUUUCAAUUAACAUUACAGCUAUUCCAUAUUCUGGCGUCUAAAUGGAAUUCGGAUGAGAUGUUGAAUAUAAAGUAUCAUAAACCUUUGCUUUUAAAGUGUGUAGCAUCUGACUAAAGAAAGCGUCAUUUCAGAGGCUGUGUGGACGUUAUGAAACACCUGUGAAAUAUGAGGAGGGAGAUCGCAGCGGUGGUAUUCUUCUUGAAGAGGCUUGUGAAGAAAGGAGAGAGGAUGGAUUCGCACAAGACUGAGCUGUUUGUGGAGAGGCUGGCCGUGGCACUACAGGAGAAGUUUAAGGGGCACUGGUACCCCGAGAACCCCAGCAAGGGGCAGGCGUACAGGUGCAUCCGAGUGAACAGAUUCUAUGGGCAGGAUCCGGAGCUCCUUCGGGCCUGCCGGGAAAGCGGGGUACAGUAUGGUGACCUGCGACUGCCUCGGGAGCUCACAUUGUGGGUGGACCCUGGAGAGGUUUGCUGCAGGUAUGGAGAGCAAAAUCCCUGCUUCUCAGUUGCCACCUUCUCAAGUGACGACGAGGAUGACAAAGAAGUUGCAAAGAAAGUUACCAGUGCGCUGGAGAGGGUGACCUCCGACUACCACUCAGGAUCUUCCUCUGAUGAGGAAAGCACACGUUCUUCCCCCCUUACCGUCCCUUACAGCCGCUGGAGCCACCAGCAAAUGAAUCCAGCCGCUCCUUUGUGGCAUCCGAAAAAGCUGGUACCAGGCAAAGGUCUCCUCCAGCAACCCCACUACGGCUACAAGCCUCGCAGCAGAGCCCCCCACCCCUCCAGGCAUAACCUUUGGAUCCCUCCUGUCUAUAAGGGAAGACCCAACUACUGGGAAACAAACCAGAAUCUGGCACACUGUUACAGUUAGGCAAUACGGUGCUUUUUCUUCACUGGACUGACCUAUUUCUUUUCUUUUUUUAAUUGAAUUUUUAUAACUUAAAUGUUGUAUUUGACAGACUUUUUUGCACUUUAGAGAUUUUUGUUAGUUUGAAAAAAUCACUCGUAUGAAUUUAGUUAUUGAAAUACUACACUUGUAAUCUUGAUGUACUGUACUUUUUACUACAGGAGAGAUUAGUCUACACCACUUGAUGUUCUUUGUGAUCAAAUGUUUUAUUUAUACAGCAUAGAAUUGACAGAGAUAUAGGCUAAAAGUUAAGGAGUGUUUUUGAACAAUGCAUAGCCUUCCAGUUCAUCCUGUGGCUGUCUCCUUAGUAUUGAAGAUGGCCUGUAUUUAUUACUUGUGUUUUUAUUUUGUAGUGUUGGGGGGGGGGGGGGGGGGGUUUGUGCAUCAAAAUUAAAUUAAUAUUAGAAAUUCAUUAUUGUUACCUCAGAGGUGGACUAUUAUGCUUAACAAAAUUUGUAUCUAAUUAAAUUAUUUUACUCUCCCGAAGUGCAUUGGUUUUUAUAGUUCUCUUGAUAAAGUUUAGAUGUUUAGUUUUUAAACUUUGGCGAGCACUUGUCUUUGUACAUUUAAUACAAAAUGGCUAAUAGAAGCUUGCACAUUUUUCAAAGUUCCGUUUCAAUGUGUCAAAGUGAUUUGUUUAGAUAUUAUAACCAUGUAUAUUUAAAGCUAAAUUACAUAAUUAUAGAAUAGAAUACUUGAUUGAUCCAACUGUGGGUAAAUUUACACAUUACAGCAGAAAAAAGUGGGGAAAAACACAGUGGAGGAAUAAAUAAAGGUUAUUUACAAUGCAACAAAAUA